UAGAAGAAAGUGGUUUUGGUCUCAUAGUUAGGCCCACAAUACCUGUGACAAGUAUUGGUUGAAGCUCUGAGGAAUUUUUCAGACUAAGUUGGCAGUCCACAUUCACUCCAUUUAGGGCCCUGGUUCCCAAUUGGGGGGGGGGGAGCUGUCUGAUUCUUAAAGGGAACAAUCAAGAAAGAGUUAUUAACAGUAACUAUUUUGCAUUUCUUCAGGUUCUAGUGGCCUCAUUUAUGGUGUAUAAAUUUACGGUAUAUAAACCAUGGUGGCGCAACGGGUUAAACCACUAAGCUGCAGAACUUGCUGACUGGAAGGUCGACGGUUAGAAUCUGUGGGAUGAGGUGAACCCCAGCUUCUGCCAACCUAGCAGUUCGAAAACGUGCAAAUACGAGUAGAUCAAUAGGUACUUCUUCAACAGGAAGGUAACAACGCUAUAUGCAGCCAUGCUAGCCACAUGGCCUAGGAGGUGUCUAUGGACAAUGCUGGCUCUUUGGCUUAGAAAUUGAGAUGAGCACCACAGAGUCGGACUAUACUUAAUGUCAAGGGAAAACCUUUACCUUUAAAUAUAUAUUGUGAUGUACACAUUUGUAAAAGUAAGAUCAGAAUGUACACAGAGAUCAGCUGGUGACAAUGGAAAGGGGAAAAGAAAGCCUAUUCGGAGAGAAAGGAGAAGUGAGAGCAUAGGAUUCACUAGUGAGCCCAUGAGCCCAGAAAAGGAGGCCACUUUCUUCCCAAACAUCCCACUAAUCUCAAGCGUUCUUUUAACACCACAAGCUAUACAAAAUAUAUUAAAAUGUCCCCUUUGUUCUGCAUGUGAAUAGCAAGAAAUUUGUGAAAAAAAUUGAAAGCACAAUUAUGACUUUCAAAGGUAAGUCAAUAUUAACGUCAGGUUAUAAGAUAUUCUCAGCAAACACACAUUGCAAUCAAGUUGGACACUUAAAUUAAUCUAAUUUGAUGCAGAUUACUCAAAUCAGUUCUUUUAUUUUUCUCUUCCAUACGUGCCAUGUUAUUUGGAAGCUUGUUUAGACCAAGUUAAUAGUCUUCUAGGCUUUCUCCACGUGAAUAAAUAGUUUACUUUUGGAAUAAGAAUUAGACUAUGUAACAUGAUUUUUGUUCCUGGGUUAAAGCAUCAUUUCUCCAGAGUCAUAGUCCCAUACUCAGAUGAUACAUCAGUUCUCUUGAAGUCAGCAAUUUCUUUGGGAAAAAAGACACCUUGUCACAUGUUGUCAGGAUUUAAGUAUUAACAUACGAGAUGUGCCAAGAAUCCAUUAUCUCUAGUUAUGCUGAAGUUCACUGCUUUUGGAAGACAACAAGAAAUGCAUCGUCUUGUCCAAGUCAAGAAUGCCAGGUGGUUAAUAGGUUACACAGCUUGGUUGCAGAAUUGAAGCUGUCCUGGAUUGUGUUAACUAGGAUUGUCACACCAUGUCAAAGAUUGUUUUUGGAUUAAACAUUAGUUUUAGAAAUUAUUUGAAGGAUAUUUUGGGAGGUAAAUUACAGUGACGGCAGAAAGGGAAAGAAAGUGAACUUGAAACUGGAAAGACUGACCAUGUCGGGUGUUGGGGAAGUAAUCAAAGCGCUCGAUGAUUUUGGGCGAUUCCAGCAUUGCUUGGUGGCAUUGCUGACUCUGAACUCUAUUUCCCACCCCUUUCAUAUCUUUGGCCAGUUAUUCAUGGUUGCCGAAGAACCUCAUUACUGUCGGACAACUUGGUUCAGCGCCAUCGGCUCGAAUCUGACCGAAGAGGAACGGCUGAACUUGACCCUCCCAAGAAAGUCCGAUGGAAGCCUGGAAGAAUGUUCCAUGUUCACUCCGGUGGAACGGGAUCUCGAUGCCAUUGUGCAAUAUGGCCUCAAUGCUACUGAAACGUGUCGAGAGGGAUGGGUCUACCCUUCGAAGAGAGAACCUUCAUUGGUCACUCAGUUUGACCUUGUUUGUGACCGGAAAGAUUUGAACAGCAUCUCACAAUCCAUUUUCAUUUUGGGAAAUCUGGCGGGAGCCCUGGUGUUCAGUGCAUUAAGCGACAGGUUUGGUCGGCGCCCAGUUACUUUGUUGGCAAUGCUCAUUCAAGGCAUAGCUGGCGUUGCGAUCACUUUUGUUCCAAAUUUCAUCGUCCAUGUUGCUCUCCGAUUUAUUGUGGGCAUAUCCAUUUCUGGUGUCUUAAUCAGUGGCAUGGCUCUAGGCGCUGAAUGGGUCGGAACAGCCUAUCGUCCACUGCCAUUGAUCAUCAACCAUGUUGGCUUUUCAGUAGGGCAGAUGGUGCUGGCAGGCUUAGCUUAUGCCAUUCGAGACUGGAGGAAGCUGCAGAUUGUAGGUUCUGCCCCCGUUCUUGCCCUCUUUUUUUAUGUAUGGGUCCUUCCAGAAUCUCCCCGUUGGUUGGUAACAAAAGGGAGGAUUGAAGAAGCGAAAAAGCUCUUCCAGAAGGCAGCUGCAGUGAAUAAAAGAAGCAUCCCACCGAAAACUUUAGAUCAGCUGAAGCCAGAAAAGGAGGCCAAGUCUAGAAGUAUUCUGGACCUCGCGAGACAUUCCCACCUAAGGAAAGUGACUUUCCUUAUAUCAACAGUUUGGUUUGCCAACAGUUUGGCAUACUACGGCUUAAGCCUGAAUGUGGGUAGUUUUGGCUUGAAUAUCUACCUGACCCAGCUUAUCUUUGGGGCAGUUGAAAUACCAGGCCGUAGCUGCACUUUCUUUGUGAUGCGGUGUCUGGGGAGGAAAAAAUGCCAGUCUUUCUUCUUGCUCCUGGGAGGAGCGGUUUGCCUUCUCAUCCCCGUAAUCCCGAAGGACCUGCCGGUGGUAAUAACAGUGCUGGCUGUCAUUGGGAAGUUCACCAUUUCUGGGUCCUUCACUACAUCCUAUGUGUACACCACUGAGCUGUUCCCGACGGUUAUCCGACAGGUUGGAAUUGCCGUGUGCCAGACGGUGGCCAGGGUGGCCGCCGUAAGUUCACCGCUGGCUCGUCUCUUGGAGAAAUACCACCCCUCCAUCCCUUUGCUGAUUUUUGGAGGCACGGCCAUCGGGGCUGGGAUCCUUACCUUCUUUCUGCCAGAAACACAGGGAAAAGAACUUCCAGAUUACAUGGAUGAUGUUAUAGGCAACCAGAAACCCAGCAAGACAGACACCAGAGUUUUGGAAAAUGGACAUUUAAAGCCAAAUGAAGACAAUGUCAUCAGUAUACAGAUAAAGACGACUCGGUUCUAAGUUGGUCCUUUAAGCAGUAGCAAUGUACAUUGGUGGAAAUUUCUCAUUGCAAAAGUGUGGACGAGAGAUAUCUAUAGUCGGCAUUCCAUAUCCACAGAUUCAGCAUCCAUGGAUUCAACCACCUGCAGCUUGAAAAUAUCACUCCCCACAAAAAUAUUCUUUGAUUUUUGCCAUUUUAUAUAAGGGAGUGCCAUUUUACUAUGCCAUUGUAUAUAUUGGGACAUGAGCAUCCAUGGAUUUGGGAAUCAAUGAAACGCCAGUAAAUAUCAGAGACAUAUUGUAUAUGCCAGUUACACCACCAACAGCACCACCCUGCUUUCUUUGAGGUUUUUGUUUAUACUUUCAAGAAUACCAUGGGCCCAUUUCCAUUAGCAAAAUAUAGUAUUAUCUUUGCCUGUUGAAGGCCUGGUUCUGACAUAUGUAAAACCUGGAAUUUGCAUUUUGGGGACAGAAAGCUUCUCUCAUGCUUCACCAAACUAUCAACCCUAGGAUUUCACACAGUCACACCAUAGCAAUUAAAAUGGAAUCAGUGCUAAAAUUGUGAAAUGCAAAUGACUCCCCAUUUUAUUAACUACCUUUUAAAACUGAGUUCUGUGAGUGCAGCAUUUUAUCUAGUGAAGCAGAAAGUGUUUGAAGAUCGGACAUUUGUAGGGAUACAAGAUGCUUGUUUGUAAAGCUAUUGUCCUUCUAACUUUGUUGUAUGCCUGCAAAACAUGGAUUGUCUACAAAUGUCACUCUCAACUUCUGGAACAAUUCUAAUAGCAUUGCCUCCGAAAUCUUUUGCACAUCUCUUGGUAAGACAGGCGGACAAAUGUCAGCGUUCUUAAAGAAGCAAAGACCACCAGCACUGAAGCGAUGAUCCCUGCCAUCAACUUUGCUGGACUGACUACAUUAUCUGAAUGAUCAAUCAUCCAGGGAAGGGGAGAGGAGAAAAACUGAUGGACACAAGUGAUAAAUAAGUGCAGAAAUGGUUAGGUUGAGAAAAUAGACCAUAUCAAAUUGAGCAAGAAUUGUAAGCGGAAUAUCAUUAUUUGUGGGCUCGGGCUGUGGCUCAGGCUGGAGAGCAGCUGCAAUGAAUCACUGCAAUGAAUCACUCUGACCAGGAGGUCAUGAUUUCGAGCCCCGCUCGGAGCCUAUGUUUGUUUGUCUUUGUUCUAUGUUAAAAGGCAUUGAAUGUUUGCCUAUAUGUGUAAUGUGAUCCAUCCUGAGUCCCCUUCGGGGUGAGAAGGGCGGAAUAUAAUGCUGUAAAUAAAUAAAUAAAUAAAUAAAUUUAACCUCG